UCCAUGGACCUGUUCCACGUAACUGUCAAGCUCCCUCUCCACACGGGCCGCAGUGCACAGCAGCAAGCCAGCAAGCUCUGCUCUGCCUCUGCUCACUAGGCUGCGGCUUACUCCUCGAAUCUCUCGCCUCCUCUUCCCCAUGGCCACCACCACCACCUCCUCCUCCGAGUCUUAGCGGGGACCAGCUCAGCUCCGGAUCUCGCCAUGACGGACGCGCCGCAGGGCCGCGGCGGCGGCGGGGCUGCGCGCGUGCGGCCCCGCGGCUGGUGCUGCUCCUUCGCCGGCGCGCCGCAGAGUCCGGACCUCCGACCGCUCCCCUCCGCCGCGGUUGCCGCGUCCCCCGGUGGGGGUGGAGGUGGCGGUUGGGGCAGGAAGCUCCCGCCCAAGUCCCCGUCCGUGCCGUCCUUCCACGGCUCGCCGACUUCGUCCAGGCUGGCCGGCCUCGGUGGGCUCAUCGACCCCCGCCGCAUCCUCUCCCCAGGCCGCGUCUCCCCCAUCGACUCCGACGGGUCGGUCCCGCCUCCCCUCCCGCACCCGCUCCCGCCGCCGCCGUUGCCGCCGGCUGAUGAGGCGGUCGAAUUGGUCUCCACAGAGCAGGCAGCGGCGGUGUCGGUGGCGGUGGCGCCGCUGGUGACCGUGCGGGAGGAGGGGGAUGGUAGUGGCACGUUGGAUCUGAGGCUUUUCCUGCGGGGGAGGGACGGGAGGUGCGUGCUCAUGGAGCUGGACUUCAGUGUGCUAUGCGGUUGCAGCGCCUUCUUCGCUGCUACGGCGCCGGACGAGGCCGCCGUGGCUGGUGGUGCAGAUGCUGGGAAGAGUAUCGAGGUGGACGGGGUGGAGAAUGUGGAGGCUUUCAGGGAGGCAGUGGAGCUCAUGUACGAGCUUGAGCCAAUGCGGUGUCUUGCUGCUGCCGGUGUGUCUCGGGCCAUCGAUGUUCUUGAGGUAUGUUCAUCGAUCAUGUUUGACAGAGGAAUCAAAUUGUGUUUGACAUACAUAGAAGCAGUUCCCUGGAGUGAGAAUGAGGAGGAGAAGCUGAAAAGUCUCUUUGCAAGAUGCACCUUCGAUGAAGUAAUAUCCCAGGAUAUACUGGCAAGAUUGCGUCCGCACAGCUGGAACAGCUCAGAAGACCUCACUAUCCAGCUUAUCCAAUCCGUCACUAGCAGCACCAACAGUGGGGCGAAAAAAGACAUGCAAUCUUUGGUAAAUGGUCUUCUAAGCAAAAGUUCAGUUUAUCAAAAGGACUUAACAGGGCUAAACAAAGAAAGCCUGUACCAGAUCUGCUAUUCAUGUUUGGAGUCACUGGUUGAUCUUUUUGAAGAAGCCAUAGAGUCAACAUGUCAGGCUGUGGUAGUUAGAGGGAGUAAACCGUUGAUUGAGCGAGUCUCUAGCCAAACAGAGAACCUGAACUGGCUCUUAGGUAUUCUUGUAAACAAUGAUAUGGCAGAACAGUUUGUGGAGUUGUGGGCAAAGCAAGACAGACUCAUUAGGAUGCACGAGCAAGCAUCGCCGAUGAUCAGGUACGAGCUAAGCCGAAUAUCAGCCGGUGUGUUCAUUGCACUUGGCAAAGGACAAGUGCAAUGCCGUGGCAACAUACGAAGCCUCCUCUUUCAAGGAUGGUUCAGCAUGAUGUUGUUAGAUUUUGGCUGGCUUCAGCGUUGUUCCAAAGGUCUAGAUAUAAGAUCAUUGGAGGAGAAUUUAGGGUGGGCCCUUCUAACGCUCUCUCUUAGGCAACAGCAAUGUUUGUUCGAGGAAUGGUUCCAGUUAUAUGCGUCCAAAGGAGCCGAGUGUCCGAACCUUAUUAGAGCUUUCCAGGUAUGGUGGCGUAGGUCUUUCGUUAGAUCAUCGGUGGAAGCUUGACACCAAGGCUUCUCUUGAUUUACUAGUAUGUGUUGUGUGUAUCAUUUGUAAAAUUGGUACUGUUGUGGUAACCCAUAGAGGUGAAUGCUGCUUACCGUAGUUUAGCCCUUCCCAUUGUAUGUUCAUAGAUGGGUGAAUUCGUUUGAGGAAUCGAUAGCUGUGAGGUGUGGUUUAGUAGGA